AUGAGUGAUAUAGAUAACAUUAAAGAAAAAAAUGAUAUUGAAUCACAAUUUGAUCAUUUUUCAUUAGAUGAUACAAAGAGCGAUUUGUCAUCAUCAUCAUCUUCAAAACCAUCAAGAAAUAAUUCAACUUCAUCGACAAAUUCAGAUAAAUCAUUGAAUUUAAAUAAUCAACCACCAAUUGCAUCUCCCCCUAUAUCAUCAGCAACUACCCCAGGUUCAACAACAACUUCAGUACAUACCCCAAUAAAUGGUGAUAUUCAAGCAAGAUUAAUGGCAUUUCAACAAAGACGUUCAAAACCUGCAUCUGAACCAUUAAAUGUAUAUAAACCAAAUUUACCAUCAACUCCAAAAGCAAAUCCAUUAAAACCUGGACAGUUCAAUAGUGAUUCUAUACUUGAAACAAUUCAUAGUAAUAAUUCAUCACUUGAUUCAGGAGAUAACCAAACGAAUGAUGAAAACUUAAAUACACCAGCAUCAUCAUCAUCAACAACAAUAAUAAACAAUAAUGCAAAUUCUCAUCCAUCAAUAACUCCACCACAAUUAAAUAUGCCAAAUAGAUACCCGUUAUCAAAUAGAUUUGCUUCUAUUAAUGGAGCAGGUCCACAACUAUCUCAACAAGGAGGUCAACAACAAGCACCAGCUAAAAAAUUACCAUUAUCUCAAAGAAGAGGCAUGAAACUAAAUACAAAUGCAUCACCAAUGAAUCGAUCAUCAUCUCAACCUUCUAAUACCCCAUCAUUAUCAUCAACAACAAUUGCAUCACCACCACCAUCAAGUCUAAAUUUAAAAUUAAAUACUUUAAAUCCACCAAUAAAUUUUGAAUCAUCAGCAGUGGGAUCACCGGGUGAAGAACCAACUCAUUCAUCAACUUCAUCAAGACAACAAUUAUUUGCAAAUCAUCAAACAAAUCCAAAACUAGGUACCCCUAAUGAAUUAUCAAGAAGAUUAUCAGAGAGAAAGAAAAAACCAAAUUUAAAAUUAAAUUUUGAUUCUUCAAAUAGUAAUUUACCUUCAAGAAAUAAUAGUUUAAGUAAAAGUUCAACACCUGGUUCAAUAAAUUCUGACCAAAAUAAUGAUAACACUCCAGGAAAUAGUCAAUCAGAACCUCAAUUGCAAGGAUUAUUUGCAAAUUACUCAAAAUAUAUAGAUAUAAAAUCAGGACAAUUAAAUUUUGCUGGAAAGGCAAGUUUACACUCAAAGGGGAUAGAUUUCUCAACUGGAUCAUCAUUUAGAGUAUCAUUAGAAGAAUUUGAAUAUUUAGAUGAAUUAGGUAGUGGUAAUUAUGGAUCAGUGUCAAAAGUUUUACAUAAACCUACUGGUGUUUUAAUGGCAAUGAAAGAAGUUAGAUUAGAAUUAGAUGAAACUAAAUUCACUCAAAUUUUAAUGGAGUUGGAUAUUUUACAUAAAUGUGAUUCACCUUAUAUUGUUGAUUUUUAUGGCGCCUUUUUUGUUGAAGGUGCUGUUUAUAUGUGUAUUGAAUAUAUGGAUGGUGGUUCAUUAGACAAGAUAUUUGGUAAUAAUAUUGGAGUUAAAGAUGAAAUUGCAUUAGCUUAUAUGACUGAAUCAGUUGUUAGAGGUUUAAAGGAAUUAAAAGAUAAUCAUAAUAUUAUACAUCGUGAUGUUAAACCAACAAAUAUUUUAGUGAAUUCAGCUGGGAAAGUAAAACUUUGUGAUUUUGGAGUUUCUGGUAACUUAGUUGCUUCAUUAGCUAAAACAAAUAUUGGUUGUCAAUCAUAUAUGGCGCCAGAAAGAAUCAAAAGUCUAAAACCAGAUGACGCUACAUAUUCAGUACAAUCAGAUAUUUGGUCAUUAGGAUUAACUAUAUUAGAAUUAGCAGUGGGACAUUAUCCUUAUCCAGCAGAAACUUAUGAUAAUAUAUUUUCACAAUUGAGUGCAAUAGUAGAUGGAGAGCCACCAAAAUUAGAUCCUUCAAUUUACUCAAAAGAUGCUCAAUAUUUUGUGAAAUCAUGUCUCAACAAGAACCCAGAUUUAAGACCUUCCUACUCAGCUUUAUUACAACAUCCUUGGUUAGUUAAUUCAAGAGGUAAAGAACAACACCUAGACAAAAUGGUUCAAGAAAGAAUAGCAGAAUUGAAAAAUGAAAAAUCUGGUGGUGCUUCAAACAAGGCAGCAGUUUCAAUUCCUCAAAAAGCCAACAAGGAUGAAAGUGUUCAAUCAUUAUUAAGAAAUAAAGUCAAAGCCCCUGCUUUACAUAGAGGUGGGUUACAACAAGUCAACAAGAAUUUCCUCAAUAGUCGUUAA